UCCAACUCCACUCUUCACUCCAACAAAAUGGGAACUUCCAAUUCUCACUUACACCAACUUCUGCUGGUGCUAGUACUCAGCCCUCUACUGGUGUCUUCACAAUUUCAUAAUGUUUUCACACAGGACCCUUCUUCUUCCCCUUUUCCACCCAACUUCUUCUUCGGAACGACUUCCUCUGCUUAUCAGUAUGAAGGGGCUUUCUUAAGUGAUGGUAAAUCACUGAACACCUGGGAUGUUUACUCACAUAAACCAGGAACCAUUUGUGAUGGAAGCACCGCAGAUGUAAGUGUUGAUCAGUACCAUCUCUAUCAGGGAGAUGCGGAACUGUUGGCCUCUCUUGGAAUCAAUGCGCACAAGAUUUCAAUCUCAUGGUCUCGUGUUCUCCCAAGAGGUAGGCAUGGAAAUAUUAACUGGGAUGGAAUCAACUAUUACAAAAAUCUCAUAGACGCCCUCCUACUCAAUGGAGUCGAACCGUUCGUAACAUUGAAUCAUUAUGAUCUCCCUCAAGAAUUCGAGGAUAGAUUCAAAGGAUGGCAGGGCUCUGAAAUUAAGGAAGAAUUUGAACAUCUUGCAGACGUGUGCUUUAAGAAUCUAGGCGACCGCGUUAAGUAUUGGGUUACCUUCAAUGAGCCAAAUGUAUUGGCUAGGAUGGGUUAUCUUUAUGGGCAGUGGCCACCCAAUCGGUGUACCAUAGCAGCGAAGGAAGAAGGUUGUACUGAAAUCGUUCCUGAAAAAGAAAUAUUUAUUGUAGGGCACAAUAUGAUCUUAUCCCAUGCUUCAGCUGUCAACAUUUACAGAAAGAAUUACCAGGAAAAGCAAGGAGGGCAGAUAGGAAUUGCAAUGGACUUUUACUGGUAUGAACCGAUGAGCAACUCCACACUGGACAAGGCAGCAGCUGAGAGAGCUCAGUCCUUCUUCUCAAACUGGUACAUGGAUCCAAUCAUCUAUGGAACAUAUCCUAAAGAAAUGAAGGACGUUUUGGGGCCACUUUUACCUGAGUUUUCAACAUCUAAUAUGGAAAUGUUGGGAAAUGGGUUGGAUUUUAUAGGCAUCAACCAUUACACUACCAUCUACGCCCAAGAUUGCUUGUUUUCUACAUGUGAUCCGUCUAUGAAAGGCAACAACAAAGCAGAAGGCUUUGCGGGGGUAACUAUGUCAAAGAAUGGUGUCCCCAUUGGGGAAUUGACAGGGUUGCCUGAUAUGGCUAAUACUCCAUGGGGAAUGGAGAAUAUUAUAACUUACGUGACAAAGAGAUACCCAAAUUUUCCACUUUAUAUAACUGAAAAUGGUUAUUGUGACACAACUUCAAACCCUAGUAUUGAAGAAAUGAUGAAUGAUACAAAGCGGAUCAACUAUACGGAAGGUUAUCUAGACGCCAUAGGAGCAGUCAUCAGGAAAGGCGCAGAUGUCAGGGGGUAUUUUCUUUGGUCAUUGAUGGAUAACUUUGAAUGGGCUUUCGGAUUUUCAAAAUUUAUGGGGCUAUAUCAAGUUGAUCGUGUCACUCUCAAGAGAACUCCGAAAUUAUCAGCAAAUUGGUACAAAAAUUUUAUUGAGAAACACCGAAGAAUUGGAAGCAAAAUGAUGAAGACAAGUGAGUGAUGUGUGUGUUCAAGUAGACUAGCUUGUAUGUAAACAUUAAGUUGCUUUUUUGUUCAUUAUGAGGAAAAUAAUAUUGAGUACAUGUUUCGUAAUAAAUUGAGAGUAUGUCUAACGCUCUCAGUUCCACUUUUCUAGUUAACAUUAUAUUAUGGAAUAUAUUUAUUUAAAUUUGUUAAAGCCUUAUUUGUUAGAAAACAAUUUGUAGUUCAUAUCAAAGACUAAAAAGUUUUU